AUGGUGGCGAGUUCAUCGAGCAAGCAAGCUGCCGUCUCGGCCUCUAGCAGUAGUGCAGCUAAGGCUAAGAAAGGUCGCGCCAAAUCCGGACUUGUUGGUACACCCAGCAAAGCCUGCACCGCAGAUGAGGAUGUGGUGCUGGAACACAGCAAGCCGUUCGGCCAAGAAGGUUCUGAUGACGACCAAGACGUUGAACUUGCCGAUGAAACCUUCCAAACCGCCGCUUCAGGUACUGAUGCUAUGGAGGAUGACGAUGACGAUCUUAUGAUCGGCGCCUCAUCCUGUGCAACACCCUCCUCUGCUGCCACUACAACCACCAGCAACGCCGCCAAUGGUGAUGCAUCCAAACCCAAGUUCGCCCCUCUCUCCUCGACCGCCUCAUCCUCCCUCACCGCCGUCGCCAAAGGUCAACUGCGCAAGAUCCCAAUCCCACCGCACCGACUGACCCCACUCAAAAACGACUGGCACAAAAUCUACACACCUCUAGUUGAAAUGGCUUCACUUCAAGUCCGUAUGAACGUAGCUAAAAAAUGCGUCGAACUCAAAUCCUCCCGUUACACCCAGGAACAAGGAAUGCUCCAAAAAGGCGCAGAUUUCGUAAAAGCCUUCGCUCUCGGAUUUGAAGCUGACGACGCUAUCGCUCUUCUCCGCAUGGAUGAUCUUUUCAUCGACACUUUUGAGAUCAAAGACGUCAAAACCCUCCAAGGCGACAACCUUAGCAGAGCUAUCGGUAGAAUUGCCGGCAAGGAUGGUAGGACGAGAUUUGCAAUCGAAAACGCCAGCAGGACAAGGUUGGUGAUUGCAGAGACAAAGAUUCAUAUUUUGGGCAACUUUGGAAAUAUUAAGAUUGCUAGGGAUGCCGUGGUCGCCUUGAUUAGAGGUAGUCCCCCAGGCAAGGUCUAUGCCAAUUUGAAGACUAUAGGUGCUAGGCAGAGACAGAGGGCUUAA